CCAGCCGAGCCAAUCAGCGCACACCAUCUGUAAACAUGGCGUCCGACUCCAGGUUGAGAUGUGUGUCGCUGCUGCUCUGCGCCCUCUUGCUCUGCACUUUAGCGGCCGACAGCAACGAGAAGCCCAAGAAAAAGAAGGACAUCCGCGACUACAACGACGCAGACAUGGCGCGGCUGCUGGAACAGUGGGAGACGGAUGAUGACAUUGAAGAAGGUGACCUCCCGGAGCACAAGAGGUCCCCUCCCCCCGUCGAUUUCUCCAAGGUGGACCCCUCGAAGCCCGAGGAGCUGCUCAAGAUGUCCAAGAAGGGCAGGACGCUGAUGGUCUUUGCGACAGUGUCGGGGGAUCCCACUGAGAAGGAGACGGAGGAGAUCACGGGCCUGUGGCAGGGCAGCCUUUUCAACGCCAACUUUGAUAUUCAGAGGUUCGUGGUGGGUUCCAACAGGGUGAUCUUUAUGCUGCGGGACGGCAGCAUGGCUUGGGAGGUCAAAGACUUCCUCGUGGCCCAGGAGCGCUGCAUGGACGUCACGGUGGAGGGACAAGUGUUCCCCGGGAACGCCGGCGGGAAGGACGGUGCCAAACGGAACCAGAAGAACCAAGUCAAUGCCAAGAAGAAGAGCAAGAAGAAGGCGGAGACGAAGAAGCCGGACUUUGAGGGGAACAGCGCCAGUCAUCUGAAAAAUGAGCUGUGAUGGAAUUAAGGCAGAGAGAGAGACGAGGAGCCAUGGGUCCUUUCGUCUUCAGGCUUCAGACAUGUGUAUUCUAAAGACCAAGAUGUGGGAGGGGCCACAUGAAGAUGCAGUCUGUGGUUUGAGUAAACUAACUAACGUGGACCGCAGAGCUGGCAUCACUUUCCCUCCAGCUCUGCCUCACCGACAUGCCGCAGAGACGAGUACUUUCUUCGAAUCAUGCUCCUGUGGUCACAAGCCUUUUUAGAAUCUGUUGUACCAUCAUCGCUGACUGGUGUAGUUAUUUUUCCUUUAGAUAAUCAUCAAAUGAAAACCAAUGCACGCAGGCACAUGUCUUUGAAAGGUACUCGGCAAAACUAAUCAAACUUUUUUCUGUGCCCAGAGCCAUGUCAGGAACCGGAGGCGGUCGUUGUCCGGGUCCUGGUCUGUGUCAGACUUUUUUCACGUCCAGCAGCACUUUGAGAUUUGAUACAAAAGUAAUGCCCACAUUUUCUGUUUGAUUUUUUCACUGGAUAUGAAAAUAAAUUUUUUUUAUGUAAUCUA